AUGAGGCACCGUAAUUUUCGAAAAUUUAACUCAUCUAGAAGAAAAUACACGGAUCUAGAGUUUAGCCCUGAAGUUGCCGAGGCCUUAAAGACGAGAAAACCUGUUGUAGCUUUAGAAUCUACGAUCAUUAGUCAUGGCAUGCCCUAUCCGCAAAAUUUUGAAACUGCGCUUGCCGUCGAGAGCAUUGUACGAGAACAUGGGAGUACACCAGCUACGAUAGCUAUUUUGAAUGGAAAAAUUAAUGUAGGACUGUCACCCAGUAACCUGGAGAAACUUGCAAAAAUGGGUCCACAAGCAAGAAAGACUUCUCGAAGAGAUCUCGCGCUUGUGUUGUCACAGGGUAUGACAGGUGCCACAACUGUUGCAGGCACUAUGUUAAUUGCUCAUAUGGCUGGGAUUAAAGUAUUUGUUACCGGUGGUGUCGGUGGUGUUCAUCGCGAUGGUGAAAAAACGAUGGAUGUGAGUGCCGACUUAACAGAAUUGGGUCGAACUCCAGUGGCUGUCGUUUGUGCUGGUGUGAAGUCAAUUUUGGAUAUUGAGAAAACUUUAGAGUAUUUAGAAACCCAAGGUGUUACGGUCACAACUUUUGGCGAAACCAAUGAUUUUCCGGGCUUUUUUACUUCAAAAAGUGGAUUCAAGAGUCCGUCAAAUCUGUCAACGGCACUAGAUUGCGCUAAAUUGAUUCGCAAGUCUAAACAUUCGAACACUAUCCACGGUCUUAAUAGCGGAAUUUUAAUUGCUGUCCCGAUUCCAGAAUGCGAGGCAGCCGAAUCAGAGAGAACUCAGAAGGCGAUAGAGCAAUCAUUAAAAGAGGCAACGUAA